UUGCUCUUCGUUUCUCAGCCCUCUGCCCUCACUAUAAGAAUUGAAACUAGGGUUUUUUCAAACCCUCUACAAAGUUUGCGAAUUGUUGCAGCAGCUGCUAUCUUUUUCUCGCGCCAGAGCUCAGUCAUGGCGGGAGUGGCACCAGAAGGAUCGCAAUUUGAUGCUCGUCAAUAUGAUACGAAGAUGAAUGAAUUGCUUGGAUCUGAUGGGCAGGAAUUCUUUACUUCAUAUGAUGAGGUAUAUGACAGUUUUGAUGCUAUGGGCUUGCAAGAGAAUCUUCUCAGGGGCAUCUAUGCAUACGGUUUUGAGAAGCCAUCUGCUAUUCAGCAAAGGGGGAUUGUGCCAUUCUGCAAAGGUCUUGAUGUUAUUCAACAGGCACAGUCCGGAACAGGGAAAACAGCGACUUUCUGCUCUGGAAUUCUGCAGCAGCUUGACUAUGGUUUAGUGGAGUGCCAGGCUUUGGUACUGGCUCCCACCAGGGAACUUGCUCAACAAAUUGAGAAGGUCAUGCGUGCACUUGGGGACUAUCUUGGUGUGAAAGUUCACGCUUGUGUGGGUGGAACCAGUGUCCGUGAGGAUCAGCGCAUUCUAUCAAGUGGAGUACAUGUUGUGGUUGGCACUCCGGGUCGGGUCUUUGACAUGUUGCGUAGGCAGUCUCUUCGCCCUGAUUAUAUUAAGAUGUUUGUUUUGGAUGAGGCUGAUGAAAUGCUUUCAAGAGGUUUCAAGGAUCAGAUAUAUGAUAUUUUCCAGCUAUUGCCAUCAAAGGUUCAGGUCGGAGUUUUUUCUGCCACAAUGCCUCCUGAAGCCCUUGAGAUCACAAGGAAGUUCAUGAACAAGCCUGUGAGGAUCUUGGUUAAGCGUGAUGAGCUUACCCUUGAGGGUAUCAAGCAGUUCCAUGUCAACGUAGAAAAGGAGGACUGGAAGCUUGAGACUCUGUGUGAUCUUUAUGAGACAUUGGCCAUCACGCAGAGUGUCAUCUUUGUCAACACUCGACGUAAGGUCGACUGGUUGACAGACAAGAUGCGGAGUCGUGACCAUACAGUAUCUGCCACUCAUGGAGAUAUGGACCAGAACACCAGAGACAUCAUCAUGCGUGAAUUCCGAUCUGGUUCAUCUCGGGUGCUCAUUACCACAGAUCUCCUUGCUCGUGGUAUUGAUGUCCAGCAGGUCUCUCUUGUCAUAAACUAUGACCUUCCCACACAGCCAGAAAACUACCUUCACCGUAUUGGACGUAGUGGACGGUUUGGUAGGAAAGGUGUUGCUAUCAACUUUGUGACGCGGGAUGAUGAGAGGAUGCUGUUCGACAUCCAGAAGUUCUACAAUGUGGUCAUUGAGGAACUGCCUUCAAAUGUUGCAGAUCUUCUGUGAUUUUACUUUUUCUUUGUUUCUCUUUUCCUUCGAAAGUUUCUUUCUAUUUCUUGAGAACUAUUUAAUAUGUUUGUAGUGGGUCUAGAUCCUUGAUUAGUGUAAUUGAACUUUGUCUGACUGAGUGAUAUGGUUCCUUCAUAUUUGCACUGGUGGAAUCCAUCAUUGUGCAUCUUGGGUGUUUGGGUCGCAUUUAUUUCAGAUUUUGUCUCAGGCUGGGUUUUUGUAAUUUACGAGUCAUCCGAAGGGGAUUAGCUCCGAUUUGGUUCA